AUGUCCCGUUAUCGCAAAAAAUUAAAUCAUGGAAAUCAACGCAAGUUCAAGCGUGAACAGAUUCAAAAAGAAUUAGAAGAAUUGGAAGAAAAAUGCAAAACUUUGACAAUCGAUUCAAAGUUCGAAAAAUUCAACGAACUACCUCUAUCCACUUUGACUUUGAAAGGCUUACAAGAAGCAAAUUAUGUUGAAAUGACCGAGAUUCAAUGCAAAGCGCUCCCUCUCGCCUUACGUGGAGAGGACAUUUUAGGUGCAGCUAAAACUGGCAGCGGAAAAACUUUAGCUUUUUUGAUCCCA